ACUACAGUUGAUGGGGUCGCCAAGAGUCAGACGUGACUGAGUGACUAGUACUUCCACUUCACAGAGGUAGAGGUUAAACAAGAAAAUAUGUGCACAUUGUCUCACACAUAGUAACUCAACAAAUUGUCAUAUACUCUUUUAUGCUAAGAUUGAAUAUUUCUUCCAAUUCUGAAUAUUUGCUAUAAUCUCAUAUUGUGAUAGAACCUGGUGUGUUAUGUUCACUAAAUCAGGAUGACUUUUAAUUACAUUUACAAAUCAGUUAAAUUAGGAAAUUAGUGAUUUAGCAGGAAAAAAGAAAGGCAAUCUUUAAAUAUUAAUAUGCCCAGCAUCGUAAUUUCAGCAAACUAAGUGCUUGACGGAUAUUUUAUAUAACUUACUAAACAAAGUAAAUUUCAGGUUUGUGAAGGUUGUCAAAAGAAUAUUAAAUGUGUUUUCAUUUUUUCCAAAAUACUUGUCCAUUUUGUGUGGAAGCAACAGAAUCCUGGAAUUUGAGGAGAGGUUCUUUACAAGCCAGAGUAAUUGACUUUAGAAAUGGAUGUAGGAAACUCUAUAGUUGUGAUCAUGGAGCAAAAAGCAACAUUUUAUAGCCCAAGGAGUUGUUAGGAAAUGAGGUCCCAGGCCUAGGGGAGGAUAAAUUUUCAGUGAUGAUGUGAUAUUUGGGGACAGUUUUAUUUUUAAUUUAUCUUUUUAAUUACAAAAGUGAUAACUAUGUACCCAGUUUGAAUGUUUCUGAAGUGUUUAACAUAAAAAGUGCAAAUCUCCUACUCCUCAGAAACAACUGAUGUUAACAUUUAAGUGUCUCCUGACCUUAUCCUGUGACAACCCAAAUAGCUGUGCACCACAUACUCACAUGUGAUUUAAAAAUUACCAACAUGGGAUGCUGUUUUACAAAUCGCUUUUGGGAUAUUCUCCAGGAACCUCUUUGGCCAACAUUUCCCAAAGUGUAUUUGAUGAAAUUCUCCUCACUAAUGGUACUCUGAGAAAAAAGAGUAAUGUGGUCAAGUCAGUCCAGGCCUGUGGUCAAGUCAGUCCAGGCCUGUGGUUAAGUGAGUUCAGCCUCAGUCCCCCUCUUGAUGAUUCACAAUGUGUAAUAGCAUAUUAAAGGCUCUGACAAGGCCUGCACUAAAGAAACCUAAGUUGAUUUUCUUAACAGGGUUUCCCUGAAUUCUUUUUGUUAGCCCGUUUUAACCGAUGAUAAGUUUUUAGAAGCGCUAUUUUAGGCAUUCCUUACCAACCUUCCCUCCAUCUCCUCCUGCUCCUCCAACUGCAGCCUCAUGGGGUAGGCAGGAAGAAAAAAGCUCAUCCGCUCGUUUAAUUAACAAAACGUGUGCUCCUACUAGGUGCCAAGCGUGUGAUAGAUGCUGAAGCUCUGGUAAUGUGUAGACUCUGCCCUGGGAGGCUCCAGCACAGGUCUGGUAUUAGUCACACAGGAUGGUGUGCGCCUGGGCCUGUGGGGCGGCAGCAGGGAUCCUCCACAGCUGUGAGCCCGGGAGGAGCAGCUCAGACUCUCCCCACCCCUUCAACACGUCGCCCAUCCCUCUCCCCCCACACUUUGUUAGGCUAUAAAUAGUGGUGCCUGACCCAGCUGGCAUGAUGCCAUCUGUUUGCUUUCUCUGCGUGUGUCAGCCCUGCUCCCAGACCACUGGGCUUCAGACGCUGGGGAGAGCUGACAGGAGUUGGGGUCCCACGCUUCCAGCAGAAGACAAGGACAGACGGUUGGACUGGAGCAUGCUUCAGGGCUCCGUUGUCUCAGUGGGCACCUUUCAGCGGACUCCGUGUUCUGGCCUUCUUCUCUCCAGCCGGCUUAUGAUAGCAAGCAGAGCGUGGCAGGGGAUUGUGGUACCUCUUUGAGUGACUCUGGUGGCUUCUGGGACAUUGGCUUUGGACCCUUUGUGACGCAGCAUGCCUCGUGGGAUGAUGACGAUGCAGAGAGGAAAGCAGCCCGAGGUCACACUCGCCUGCCUCCUCUUGGCUGCGGCGGGCUGCUUUGCGGACCUGAAUGAGGUUCCUCAGGUCACUGUCCAGCCUUCUUCCACUGUCCAGAAGCUUGGAGGAACCGUGAUCCUGGGCUGCGUGGUGGAGCCCCCCUGGAUGAACACCACCUGGCGCCUGAACGGGAGGGAGCUGAACGGCUCGGACGACAGCCUGGGCAUCCUCAUCACCCGAGGGACCCUCGUCGUCACUGCCCUCAACAACCACACCGUGGGCCGGUACCAGUGUGUGGCCCGGAUGCCUGCAGGGGCCGUGGCCAGCGUGCCAGCCACCGUGACGCUAGCCAAUCUCCAGGACUUCAAGUUAGAUGUGCAGCAUGUGAUUGAAGUCGAUGAGGGGAACACAGCGGUCAUCGCCUGCCACCUUCCCGAGAGCCACCCAAAAGCCCAGGUCCGGUACAGUGUCAAACAGGAGUGGCUGGAGGCCUCCCGGGAUAACUACCUGAUCAUGCCGUCAGGGAACCUCCAGAUCGUGAACGCCAGCCAGGAGGACGAGGGGAUGUACAAGUGCGCCGCCUACAACCCGGUGACGCAGGAAGUGAAGACCUCAGGCUCCAGCGACAGGCUGCGCGUGCGCCGCUCCACUGCCGAGGCUGCCCGCAUCAUCUACCCACCAGAGGCCCAGACCAUCGUUGUCACCAAAGGCCAGAGUCUCAUCCUGGAGUGUGUGGCCAGCGGGAUCCCUCCCCCAAGGGUUACCUGGGCCAAGGAUGGCUCCAGUGUUGCCAGCUACAACAAGACACGCUUCCUGUUGAGCAACCUCCUCAUUGACACCACCAGCGAGGAGGACUCGGGGACCUACCGCUGCAUGGCCGACAACGGGGUUGGGGAGCCCGGGGCCGCAGUCAUCCUCUACAACGUCCAGGUGUUCGAACCCCCCGAGGUCACCAUGGAGCUGUCCCAGCUGGUCAUCCCUUGGGGCCAGAGCGCCAAGCUCACCUGUGAGGUGCGUGGGAACCCCCCGCCCUCAGUGCUGUGGCUGAGGAAUGCUGUGCCCCUCACCUCCAGCCAGCGCCUCCGACUAUCCCGUCGCGCCCUGCGGGUGGUCAGCAUGGGGCCCGAAGAUGAAGGCGUCUACCAGUGCAUGGCCGAGAAUGAGGUUGGGAGCGCCCACGCUGUGGUCCAGCUGAAGACCGCCAGGCCAGGCACCACCCUGAGACCAUGGUGGGAUGCUCAGUCAGCAACUGUCACACCUCCAGUGCCACCCUCCAGACCUGGUGGCCCCGACCAGAUGCCCAAGGGCCACCCAGGGCUAUUGAGGCCCCAGGCAUCAGAGCAGCCAGCCUCCCCACAAUGCCCCGGGGAUCAGGGGCCGGUGGCCCCCGCCGAGGCGCCCAUCAUCCUCAGCUCGCCCCGCACGUCCAAGACUGACUCGUACGAGCUGGUGUGGCGGCCUCGGCAUGAGGGCAGCAGCCGGGCACCGAUCCUCUACUACGUGGUGAAACACCGCAAGCAGGUCACCAACUCCUCUGAUGACUGGACCAUCUCUGGCAUUCCAGCCAGCCAACACCGCCUGACCCUCACCAGACUAGACCCUGGGAGCUUGUAUGAGGUGGAGAUGGCGGCCUACAACUGUGCAGGCGAAGGCCAGACGGCCAUGGUCACCUUCCGAACUGGACGACGGCCCAAACCUGAAAUUGUGGCCAGCAAGGAGCAGCAGAUCCAGAGAGAUGACCCUGGAGCUGGCCCCCAGAGCAGCAGCCAGCCGGACCAUGGCCGCCUGUCCCCUCCAGAAGCUCCAGACAGGCCUACUAUCUCCAUGGCCUCUGAGACUUCAGUGUAUGUGACCUGGAUUCCCCGUGGGAAUGGUGGCUUCCCCAUCCAGUCCUUCCGUGUGGAGUACAAGAAGCUGAAGAAAGUGGGAGACUGGAUUCUAGCCACCAGCGCUAUCCCUCCCUCCCGGCUCUCGGUGGAGAUCACAGGCCUAGAGAAAGGCACCUCCUACAAGUUCCGAGUCCGGGCUCUGAACAUGCUCGGGGAGAGCGAGCCCAGCGCCCCCUCCCGGCCCUACGUGGUGUCAGGCUACAGCAGCCGAGUGUACGAGAGGCCCGUGGCAGGCCCUUACAUCACCUUCACUGAUGCCGUCAACGAGACCACCAUCAUGCUCAAGUGGAUGUAUAUCCCAGCAAGUAACAACAACACCCCAAUCCAUGGCUUUUAUAUCUAUUACCGACCCACAGACAGUGACAACGACAGUGACUACAAGAAGGACAUGGUGGAAGGGGAUCGAUACUGGCAUUCCAUCAGCCACCUCCAGCCAGAGACCUCCUAUGACAUUAAGAUGCAGUGCUUCAAUGAAGGAGGGGAGAGCGAGUUCAGCAACGUGAUGAUCUGUGAGACCAAAGCUCGGAAGUCUUCUGGUCAGCCCGGUCGACUUCCACCCCCAACUCUGGCCCCACCUCAGCCACCACCCCCUGAAACCAUGGAGCGGCCAGUGGGCACGGGGGCCAUGGUGGCCCGCUCCAGUGACCUGCCCUAUCUGAUCGUUGGGGUCGUCCUGGGCUCUGUCGUCCUCAUCAUCGUUGCCUUCAUCCCCUUCUGCUUGUGGAGGGCCUGGUCUAAGCAAAAGCAUACAACAGACCUGGGAUUUCCUCGAAGUGCCCUUCUGUCCUCCUCCUGCCAGUACACUAUGGUACCACUGGGAGGGCUCCCAGGCCACCGGGCCACUGGGCAGCCCUACCUCAGUGGCACCAAUGGCCGGGCCUGUGCCAACGGGGUACGCGUGAACAGGGCUUGCCCUGUAGCUGCCAUGGGCUACCCAGGCGUGAAGCCACAGCAGCACUGUCCAGGGGAGCUUCAGCAGGCUCUCAAUCCUGGGCUGCUGAACAAAGAACGGGAAAGUUACCUGGACUCUGAUGUGACCUUCUCGUCACUCUUUGAGCAGCAGGAGGAUGUGAACAGCGUGCUGAGGCAGACCUUUCUUGGCAAUGGAUACGACCCCCACAGUCCACAGAUUCCCAGAGCACCCAGGUCUAACCCAGACGAGGGCGCUUUCCUGUAUACACUGCCCGAUGACUCAGCUCACCAGCUGCCCCCGCCACACCGGGACUGCCACCACCUCCAGGAGCAGCCUGAAGCCACGGGCCAGCCAGGCAUGAGGAGUGUACCCCAGAGUCCUGGGCUGGAAGCCAUGUGGGACCCUGUUUUUCACCCAGGACCCCCGUGCUGCCUGGGCCUCGUGCCGGUUGAAGAGGUGGACAGUCCCGACUCCUGCCCCGUGGGGAGAGGAGACUGGUGUCCCCAGCACCCCUCGGGGUCCUAUGCGGGGCAGGAACUCGGGGUGCGGCUCUCCCCGAGCCCACCAGUGCACGUGUCUUUUGAAACACCACCUCCUACAAUUUAGGCAGAAGCUGAUACCCCACAAAGACUAUAUAUUAUUUUUUUUUAAAGAGAAGAAAUUGGUAUUUAUUUUUCUAUAAUAGCCAUAUUUAUGUAUUUAUGCACUUGUAAAUAAAUGUAUAUGUUUUUAUAAUUCUGGAGAGACACAGCAAGUCCUCCCCACUGAGGUCUGAGAUGGAAAACAAGCCACAACAGAACAGGCAUCAACAGGCGAAGAGCAACACAGUCUGAGGAGGCAACAUUUCCCUUGGACCCUGUGCCACUGCCCCAGGGGGUGGGGGUGCAGCAGACCCACAGAAAAGCCUGUGGGAGGAGGACUCCUAGGCACACCAUCUACAGUGACCGUGAGAGAAACAAAGCCAGCGCCACGGCCUCAGAGCUGGAGCCACCCGUGACGGCAGCUGGAUCUGGUGCUGCUGGCAACGUUUUCCCGAGAUGCCCGUGAGAUAGACCGAGAUGUGUAUAGUACUGUGAGCAUUAGCAAACCUUCCAGAAGCAAUAAUCUGUGACAACAUAUCUCUGUAAAAAUAAACACUGUAAUGUCUAAAUAAAUGUUUAGUCUUCCCUAUAA